AAGAUUUUUUACGAGAAUCGUGUGUAUCUAGCGUUAAGUUAGAACUGAGGUCCAUUUCGCGCUGCAAAUGUGCUUUGAAGCGCCACAUAGACCAAUCAUGUUCUUUCUUCGAGCGCUCCAAAACGUUUGCAGCGUCAAGUGGAUCCCAGCUUAGGUCUUCGAAAAUGCGUCGCUUCCGAAACCUGGCAGUCUUGGCGGUGAACGAUGAUUUUUUCUUCUUUUGAGGUUAUCCGCGAUCGAAUGCGUCGAGCAUUCGCGAUACUUUGCGUUAAAGCCACGGUAAAGCGACGCACAUUCCACAGUAUUAUUCGUAAAACUUCAAUGUUUCACAUACGUUUGUAACUUGAUGAAUAAAGAAACCUCGAUUGUUAAUGUGAUAGCGUGAAGCGAGUCUAGGUUAGUUUUCACAUUCCUUACGAAUCUGAUCGUUGAGUAGGAGAAACAGUAGGAGAGCACGUAUCGUGAUAUAACGGAAGCUCGUUAUCAUUGCAAUUUCGAGCAUCUGUGCGAUAUUUGGAUUAAAAUUCAGACAUUCCCAGAUAUUCUCAGGGAAUAUAUGGGAGAAUAUCCCAGAUAUUCUCAGGGAACAUAUGACUCUCGAAUAAUUGCACUAGUGUUGAAAUUAAGACGACAUAAUGUUAACAUCUGUAUCUGCGGCACCUUCCACCUCCAUGGGUAGUUCCGGACUACCAAGCCCGACCAUUGAUUCACAUGACGAUAGUUUUAACAAAUUGACAGAUUAUCUGCACAAACUAGCUGGGAACCAUGAGAUGGAAGUUGACAUUAUAGUCAAAGAUCACUGUUACGCGCGGCCCUGGAACUGGAGACCGGAAAAUAUUUAUGUAAAGCCUGUAAAAAGACUGUUUUUUUCAAGGAACACCGUGUCACGUGAUAAACUUAGGAAAAACGAAGAAGUUGUUGUGGACGAUAUUGGAAGCGACUCAACAGCACCGCCGUUCGAUCUGGAGAAAGCUCGGCAACAGAUGGAUGAGUUUCAACGUGUAACGAAUAACGUACGGCAAGAAGAGGACGAGGAUUGGGAAGAUAAGAUAAGCAAAGAACUGUGGUCCUCGGUGCAGACUCGAAUAUUCACCAAAGUAACUCGUAUACUAAGCUCGGAGAGGCUCGCGAGAUUGGCCAAGGCCACGCACGAAAUAGAGCCGAUCUUUCGGCGGACGUCCGUGGAUAUCGCAGCGAGGAGAUUCCGGGAGACAUUGGCGUCGACCGGGUGGGACUGGAGACUGGUGCACUGGCUGCAUAAUUUACUGUUCGAACAUCUUCCCCAGGAAUACUUGGUCAUUUAUUUGGACAUCUUGCAGACACUAAGACCAAAGAUACCUCAGCUGAUCGACAAGAUGAUCGCAAUACAGCCGAACAUUAACUCCAGAACAGGUUCCGUAACAUGGGAGACACUAGGGUAUCUAUUCAAACGAUCAUGGGACCCAGUUUCACAGAGCUUGAGUGGGAGUAGACCUAAGAAAUUGCCUGGGAAUCCGAUUUUAAUAAUAGUACCCUCCGGUAAUACGUCCACCGUUUCUCCUCGUCAGACCAAAUGGGUCACGCAACUGAGUUCGUUAGGUAUGGUCGUUACCGUUCACAACCACUUGGGAUUGGCUGCUAACAGAAUGACCAUGCUAGUGUUCAUGGAUCAGCUGGUUCAGGCUACGAGAACGAAGAUACAGGAUGUUAGAAGCGACUAUCCUGGUAAACCGAUAAUAUUGGUCGGCUUCAAUACUGGCUCGGCGCUUGCCUGUCAGGUGGCACAGAUGGAGCAUGUGACCGCUAUUAUCUGCAUCGGGUUUCCUUUCGCGACGGUCGAAGGGAAACGAGGCACACCGGACGAUACUCUGAUGGACAUUCGUUCCCCCGUGAUGUUCGUCAUAGGGCAAAACGCCACUCUCGUGACGACCGACGAUCUGGAGGAGCUGCGGGAGAAGAUGUUGGUCGAGACGAGUCUGGUGGUGGUCGGCACGGCCGACGACUACCUCAGGAUAUCCACGUCCAAGAAAAUACUGGAGGGUAUCACGCAGAGUAUGGUGGACAGAUGCAUAUUGGACGAGAUCGGCGACUUCGUCGGCGGCAUUCUGCUGCAGCCGCACCCGUUGCCGUUGCGGCCCUCCGCGUUGGCGGCUAACUGCGACGGUAAAAGUAAGAAGGAAUCUCACAAGCGACGGAACUCGACCAGCAGUUCCGUGGAGAGCGAGCCGAACUCGCCGGUCGCGAAGAAAUCGCUCUCGAACGCGUCGACGGCGAUGCCGUCGGUCGGGACGAACGCGACGUCGGGCGUGAACCCUAAGGUGGGCACCUUCAGCGCCCAGGCUAAUCUGAUGCAAGUGAGCGGACAGCACACCAACCAUACUCCCAAUCCGAAACGGAAGCGUACCGUGGGCAGCCAGAAAGCCCAAUUUGGCGAGCACAUAAAAGCAUCCAGGCUCCCUGCACAGACGAACAUCAACGCGGAGAACGGCAUAACGCUGAAUAUCGGCACCCUGGCGAGCCUGGCGCCCAUAGGGCCGAUACGUUUAGCACCCACUACCGUGGGCCAAGCCGCGAGCACGUCCCCCAAGACGUCCGGCACGUCGAAGUCCACGAGCGCGUCCGUCAAGAUACCGAAGAUCUUCUCGACAAAUGUGCCGCUGCAGGGCAUCUCGAAGAUAAAGACGCUCGUUCCUACGUACUCGCCCAUCACGAACGUCGUCUCGCACAAUUACAGACAAGUGAGCGUACCUGACAAGAGCGGAGACGCGAAGCUGAUGAGCGUCUUCACCGCGAGCGGAAAUCAAAUUAGGGUUAACACUACCGCUGCAGGAGCCCUCAAGCCUAUCGCCUCGGGUGGUGCGUUGUCGAAUCUUUUGCAAGCUGGGAAGAACACCUCCUCCCCCUCCUCCACGCUGCCCACGAACGCCACGUCCUCCGCCCGCGUGUCGUCGGCCUCCAGUAUACUGCUGACAACUAGCAAUUCGCCAGCGAAUAGUAUAGCACCGUCCACGUCAUCCAAUUCAAAAGCGACGGAGGAGAUGGACGUAAGCGGUGACGCUCACCAAGCGAUGCUCGGUCCGACUCGGAGCUCGCUGGACGUUUCGAAGCCGACGCACUUGCCGCUGCGACCGGGAGCCGUUAAUAGCGAUAACAGCCCGCACGGUACGCCCUGCGGUAACAUAGUCAUUAUCGAGAAUCCCCUUCACAACCGGGGCGCGACCUCGUCGGUGAUCGUGCCGUUCAACAGCCAAGGCUGCUGCCCGGCCGGCGUUCAAUUACCGGGCAAGCUGAAGAUCUCGUCGCACAAGUCCGUGAAAGCGAUGCCCAAGAUCACCGUAAACGCGAACAACCUGCAGCGGCUGCAGAAGGGCAAGCCGGCGCAGCAGCAGGCCGUGUCGCCGAGGAAGAAUCUCGACAUAGACGACGAGCUCGGGAACAUACUGGACAUACCGAUCAUAUUCGCCAAGGACGACGACAGCUUGGGCAACGCGGUCGACAAGGUACCGGCCAUGAAGGUUCAACCGAAGGAGCAAACCCCUCCGGAGAGGCCCAAGUUGAACACCACCACCACCACCACUACCAAAGUGGUCCUCAUCAGCAACAAGCAGGACAAGCUGCAACAGGCGCAACAGAGCAAGCUCGCCGCCAGUUCCGCCGUCAUCUGCCCCGCCAACGUGCAGAACCUGAAUCACCUGAUACUGCAGGCCCGAUCGCAGCAGAACAGCAGUAAUGGCGGUAACAACGUCGCGUCCACGGUGAAGAGCCGAGUCGGCCCGGGGAUGGAGAGCCGACUGAUGCAGCCGACCGUCAAGUACACGAAGAUCAUCCUGGCGAAGAGGAACACGCUGCCGCCUCAGCAGCAGAGCAAACGGCCGGGCGAGCAGGCGGCCACGACCCUCGACGACGCGCCCAAGAUCUUGACCUUCGAGAAGGACGACGACAGAUUCGUCCAGGCGUCCCACAGCGUGCCCACCUACGACGAUCCGUUCGCGGGCAACGUGCUGGAGAUCGAGGACGCCAUCAAGACGAAUAUCAUUGAGCGCAAGUACGCGUCUGCCUCGGUCGAGCCAUCGUCGAUCUCGCCAGCCGUCACUCUCGCCGACGACGACUGCCUCGCGGAUAUCCUGAACGAGACGGAGUUGGACGACGGCUCGGAGCAGCCCGUCUUCGAUGCCGAUCAGGCGCGAUCGUAGAAUCUACUCGGAACGGAGGCUCUCGUGUCGACGACGCGACCUUGGCUGAUCGUGCGGUAAGCGGCG